AUGAAAACCUCUCUGAUCGCAUUUGGUGCCCUCCUCGGUCUGGUCUCGGCCCAGAAUGCUGUUGUGCACAACCACUGUGACAGUUCUGUCUAUGUGCAGUCGUUCCCUUACGAUGGCAGCGCCCCCGGCCCUCUCACCACUGUUCCCAAGAGCGGAACAUUCUCCGAGGAAUUCAGAGGAUCUGGUUCGACUAUCAAGAUCGCCAAGACAAAGACACUGGAGAAGCCUCUUUUCUUCGGCUAUUCGUUUUCGUCCAACCCAGACUAUGUGUACUAUGAGCUGAGCACUGAAUGGGGCAACCCCUUUGCAGCAAACCCCAACAUCCUCAGCCCCGGCGACGGGUGUGAGGUCUUUGACUGUGCAGCGAACGAUCCCACCUGCUACAGCACCCCGGAUCAUAAGAAGGUCUACGGGUGCCCCCAGCCGGUCACCCUGACAGCGGAUCUGUGCCAGUAG